AUGUCUAACAAAAUUUAUUCUUUAUAAGUUUUUAAAAACUUAGAUUUAAAUAGCAUGAUCUAAUCAUAUGAUUAUGCAUUGUAAAAUAUUAAUGAAUUACAAAUACAAAUUGAGUAAUUGGAGAAAAGUGCAAUAGACAUAAUUGUGGAAAAAGAUUAAAUUAUUGAGCAUUUAGAAUUAUAAAUAAAACAUUCUUCUAGAAGACCAAGCUUAAAUAAUUAAGAAGAAAUUGCUUAAUAUAAAAUGUAAAUUUUUGUAGUUGAAUUUUAGGCAUAUACAAGAAUUGUAAACAAGAUUGGAGCAUUUGUAAAACAAACAUUAUGAACAGUUGUAAGAAUAAGAGAAAGUGUGGAACUAAUAUUUACUAGAUUAAAUUGCGUAAAAUGAACAGACAGUUGAUUAGAAAUUAAAGAGUCAUUUAGAAUAAAUUUUUAUUUUAGAAGAUAAAAUAAAUAAGUUAGAGAAUGAAGUAAAACUUAUAAUUUAAAGUAGAUAGAAAUUAAGGAAAAUAUGUAAAUUUCUUUAAUUAACUAAAAUAAGCAUUUAAAAGAAAGCAAUUCAAAAUUAGAAGAGAUUUAAAUUACUUCAAAUAGAUAGUUACUUAAAUUGUAAAUAGAAAUAGAAUAAUUAUAAUAGAAUAGCAAUAAAGAAAAAAAUCAAUUUUUAGAGUAAAUUAAUGUAAUUUAUGAAAUAAUAAUAUUAUAGUCAACGAAUUAAGAGUUAUAAGAGUUGCAUUAGAAGAGCUCAGUAUUUAUAAUGUAAAAUUAACAAUUAAAUAAUCAAAAUAAAAUAUUUUCUAAUACUAUAAGUGAGUUGAUGAUAAAAAAAGCAGAAUUAGAAUUGUUAAUCUAAACAUAGAAACAUGAAAAAUAAGAAUCUAUAGGAAAUGGUAAAACAGGAGCAUUUUCUUCUAUUGAUUAAUAAGGAGAUAUUUAUCAUAUACGUGAAGAUAUUAACACAACUGCAUUUGAUAUUAAUGAAGAAACUAUAGAUAUAAAAUAAGAAUUGGCAUCUUUUUAAUUUGAUGAGAGUAAUGUUAAUUUUAAUCAUUUAAAAAAAAGUUAUUCAAAUUAUUCUUUUCAUUCAGAAAAAAAAAAAGAUCAUGUUGAUUUAGAAAAUCAUCUAAAAAAUUCUAUAAAAACAAUAAAGUAAUUAAAUGCAUAAGUACAAUUACUUAAUUAGUAAUUAAAAGUGAUAAAAAGAUAACACAUGAAUUAAAAAAAUGCAAAAGAAUAUUUGUAGAUAAUGGAAUAAAACUACUAAAAUUCGUUGAAAUUAUUUUAGGAAUAAAUAAAGACUUAAGAAGAGAAAUUGGGAAUAUAAAGUUAGGAAAUAAUAUAUUUAAAAUAAAAAUUAAAAUAAUAUACUUAGAAGCUCAUAAAAUAUAACAAAAGAUAAAUAAAUAACCAAAAUAAAUGA